ACUGUGGUGUCAAGUCUGAGGUAAUAGGAUAUUACCAAACUCGAAGGAAAAUAUGUGUUUGUGCACCUAGCAAACCAUGGGAUUACUCAUUCUGUGUUUGUCUGCAUACGUGUGCGACCGUGUGUAUGAUUGACAGUGUAUUCAUUCAUACUCACAUAAAUGAAUGUUCACCACAUUUGGCUGUAAGACAGUAGGAUGGAUGGGUCUACCGUACACAUCGUGCUUCUGAUGCUGUUUCUGCUUCACUAUACACAGGGGACCUUGUCAACAGUUACAGCUAUCUCUCCAACCCAUACGACAGCUACUCAGACUGACUACAGCCCUGUGAACGCAUCCCACCCAACUACUCCUUCUACCCCCACCUCUGCUCGACCCAGCAUGGCUACUUCCACCCAGGACCCCAGCAGUAGUCUGACCAGCCAUGUUUCAGGCACCACAGCCAGGCCCCAAGAGGGUGACUCCACCUCUAAUACCACCAUCAACACCUCAAGCCUAUCUACCACACCAACCCAAUCGACCCCAUCACAGGACAGAUGCUCGUCCCCUCCAGUUCUGUGUUGUUUGGGGCAGAGUAGCAGCUGUAGAAGAAGAAGCUGUUUCUGUGACCAGGCCUGUGUGCUGUAUGGAGACUGCUGUCAUGACUACAGGAACACCUGCACACAACCGUUCACCCCUCCAAAGCCAGUCACACAAGAGCCAGGAACAGUAGACAGCAAUACUACACCUUCCCCAUCUAGCACAGUAGACAGCAGUACUACACCUUCACCAUCUAACACAGUAGACAGCAGUACUACACCUUCACCAUCUAACACAGUAGACAGCAGUACUACACCUUCACCAUCUAACACAGUAGACAGCAGUACUAGUAGUACUACAACACCAUCUAACACAGUGGACCUCAAUACUACACCUUCGCCAUCUAACACAGUAGACAGCAAUAUUACACCUUCACCAUCUAACACAGUGGACCUCAAUACUACACCUUCACCAUCUAACACAGUAGACAGCAAUAUUACACCUUCACCAUCUAACACAGUACACAGCAAUAUUACACCUUCACCAUCUAACACAGCAGACAGCAGUACUACACCUUCACCAUCUAACACAGUAGACAGCAGUACUACACCUUCACCAUCUAACACAGUAGACAGCAGUACUACACCUUCACCAUCUAACACAGGAGACAGCAGUACUACACCUUCACCAUCUAACACAGUAGACAGCAGUACUACACCUUCACCAUCUAACACAGCAGACAGCAAUAUUAGACCUUCACCAUCUAACACAGCAGACAGCAGUACUACACCUUCAGCAGAAGAUGGCAGCACACUAGAAGUCACAACGUCCACUCCUAUUGAACUUGGAUCAACAUCGACUCUUCAAGCCACACAUACCGUCCCUGCUGUGUCUAACCUAGUACAGACCAUUACCAGUCAUUCUGAUGACACAACUGGUAACACAACACCACCAGUCACAACAACCUUGUUCCACAAUACUGUCUCCAAGGAAACAACUGAGGCAGACCAUAAGAACAUCAUAACCUCUCACAAAGAUACCCAUGCUCUGAUCGCCCAUUUGAGGGUCUCUAUAGUUUCGGCUGGGGACAUAAGUAAGGAGAAGAUCAUUGAGGCGUUGCAUAAUCUUGCAGCGCAGGUCCAAGCCUUUCUACAGAGAGAGUACUGUAACAACUGCACACUACGCAUCAGAAAUGUCAGAGGAAUAUGAGACCAACAUUUAAUCCAAACCAGGUCUCUACACUAACCCAAAGAAUCUUAUGAGAUUCCUGGAACUAACCCUCACCAUAUAACCCUAAUAUAGUCUGGAACACUGUCACGACCUGAACAUAGAGAGCCCUUGGUUCUAUAUGGUGUAGUAGGUCAGGGUGUGACUAGGGGGUGUUCUAGGUUAUAUAUUUAUAUGUUGGUGCUCUUGGUAUGGUUCCCAAUUAGAGGCAGCUGAUGUUCGUUGUCUCUAAUUGGGGAUCAUACUUAAGGUUUCCCUGUUCCCACCUGCUUUGUGGGAUAUUGUUUUUGAGAGAGUGCAUGUAGCACCUCAGUACUGCACAGUUGUUGUUUGUUUCUUGGUUUGUUUUAAGUUUAACUUAAUAAAGAUGUGGAACUCCAA